AUGAUCGCAUUGAUAAAUGAUCCUUACGCUAGUAGAAUUUGUUCCGCUACUAGCAACUGCUCCUCUCUGGUAGCAAAACAGCUUUACGUUACUAGCAACUACACCUUUCUAGUAGCGAAACAGCAUUAUGCGACUAGCAACUGCUCCUCUCUGGUAGCAAAACAGCUUUACGCUACUAGCAACUACUCCUCUCUGGUAGCAAAACAGCUUUACAUUACUAGCAACUACUCCUUUCUAGUAGCGAAACAGCUUUACGCUACUAGCAACUGCUCCUCUCUGGUAGCAAAACAGCUUUACGCUACUAGCAACUGCUCCUCUCUGGUAGCAAAACAGCUUUACGUUACUAGCAACUACUCCUCUCUGGUAGCAAGACAGCUUUACACUACUAGCAACUGCUCCUCUCUGGUAGCAAAACAGCUUUGCGCUACUAGCAACUGCUCCUCUCUGGUAGCGAAACAGCUUUACGCUACUAGCAAAUACUCCUCUCUGGUGGCGAAACAGCUUUACGCUACUAGCAACUACUCCUCUCUAGUAGCGAAACAGUUUUACGCUACUAGCAACUGCUCCUCUCUGGUAGCAAGACAGCUUUACGCUACUAGCAAGUGCUCCUCUCUAGUAGCAAAACAGCUUUAUGCUACUAGCAACUGCUCCUCUCUGGUAGCGAAACAGUUUUAUGCUACUAGCAACUGCUCCUCUCUGGUAGCAAAACAGCUUUACGCUACUAGCAACUACUCCUCUCUAGUAGCGAAACAGCUUUACGCUACUAGCAACUGCUCCUCUCUGGUAGCGAAACAGUUUUACGCUACUAGCAACUGCUCCUCUCUGGUAGCAAGACAGCUUUAUGCUACUAGCAACUACUCCUCUCUGGUAGUGAAACAGCUUUACGCUACUAGCAACUGCUCCUCUCUGGUAGCGAAACAGCUUUACGCUACUAGCAACUACUCCUCUCUAGUAGCAAAACAGUUUUACGCUACUAGCAACUGCUCCUCUCUGGUAGCAAGACAGCUUUACGCUACUAGCAACUGCUCCUCUCUAGUAGCGAAACAGCUUUAUGCUACUAGCAACUGCUCCUCUCUGGUAGCAAGACAGCUUUACGUUACUAGCAACUACUCCUCUCUAGUAGCGAAACAGCUUUACGCUACUAGCACCUGCUCCUCUCUGGUAGCGAAACAGUUUUACGCUACUAGCAUCUGCUCCUCUCUGGUAGCGAAACAGCUUUACGUUACUAGCAACUACUUCUCUCUGGUAGCAAGACAGCUUUACACUACUAGCAACUACUCCUCUCUAGUAGCGAAACAGCUUUACGCUACUAGCAACUGCUCCUCUCUGGUAGUGAAACAGCUUUACGCUACUAGCAUCUGCUCCUCUCUGGUAGCGAAACAGCUUUACGUUACUAGCAACUACUUCUCUCUGGUAGCAAGACAGCUUUACACUACUAGCAACUACUCCUCUCUAGUAGCGAAACAGCUUUACGCUACUAGCAACUGCUCCUCUCUGGUAGUGAAACAGCUUUACGCUACUAGCAACUGCUCCUCACUUGUAGCAAAACAGCUUUAUGCUACUAGCAACUGCUCCUCUCUGGUAGCGAAACAGCUUUACGCUACUAGCAACUGCUCCUCUCUGGUAGCAAAACAGCUUUACGUUACUAGCAACUACUCCUCUCUGGUAGCAAGACAGCUUUACGCUACUAGCAACUGCUCCUCUCUGGUAGCAAAACAGCUUUACGUUACUAGCAACUGCUCCUCUCUGGUAGCGAAACAGCUUUACGCUACUAGCAACUGCUCCUCUCUGGUAGCGCAACAGCUUUACGCUACUAGCAAUUACUCCUCUCUGGUAGCAAGACAGCUUUACGCAACUAGCAACUGCUCCUCUCUGGUAGCAAAACAGCUUUAUGCUACUAGCAACUACUCCUCUCUAGUAGCAAAACAGCUUUACGCUACUAGCAACUGCUCCUCACUUGUAGCAAAACAGCUUUAUGCUACUAGCAACUGCUCCUCUCUGGUAGCGAAACAGCUUUACGCUACUAGCAACUGCUCCUCUCUGGUAGCAAAACAGCUUUACGCUACUAGCAACUACUCCUCUCUGGUAGCAAGACAGCUUUACGCUACUAGCAACUGCUCCUCUCUGGUAGCAAGAUAG